AUGAUUGUUCAAGAACCGUUACAGGUUAUUGUAUGGGACUGCCUUAAUAAUUAUGAAUAUGAAAAUGCCGUGUUUCUGGCCGAAAGACUACACGCUGAGAUUGCAUCAGAAGAGACUGCAUUUUUACUGGGUACCUGCUAUUAUAGAGCUGGUAGAGUUAAUGAAACUCAUCACCUACUACAAAACCUUUCAUUGACUUUACCCCAAGCUAGGUUUCUUUUAGCCAAAUGCUCUAUAGAUCUCAAAUCAUAUAAAGAUGCUGAAAUUGCACUUGGGACUAAUUUAGAUAUUGUUAUUUCUGAAUUUGGGGAACAAGCACCAUAUGCAUUGCAACUGCUUGCCAAAAUUUAUAGCAUCACUGAGAGAAAAAGCAAAGCGGCAGAGGCACAUAGGAAAGCUUUAUCUCUAAAUCCAUUCAUGUGGAAAUCUUUUACCCAAUUGUGUAAUAUGGGAGAGAAAAUUGAACCAAGCCAAGUAUUCCAUGUUAGUCCUGAAUUCUCUUUUGGUGUUUCUACUCUUGUGAAUCUAGUCAACAAUUCAGAAAAUAUAUCAGUAACUACACCAUUCAUUCCUAAUAAUAGUAUUAAUAACACUGUUACACCAAACAAUGUUCCAACUCGUACUCCUAUGAACAUGUCCACUAGUAUUACACCAGAUUCUCAAAUGACUGUAAAAAGGAUGCACAGUGUCUUUAGUGGAGUGGCACCAAUACCAUUCUCACCAUCUUUUGGAAUGUUACCAAUGGAAGAAUCUCCUGUAAUGUAUACACCUACACUAACUGAUUCCAAUGAACAGAAGGCUAUACCAAAAAUAGUUAAUUCAUUAAGAGCACAUGUUGGUCAACUUAAGGAUGCAGUAUUUAGCCCGAGUGCACCAAGAUGCACAUUAGGACCAGCACCUCGUAGAUCUUCAAGACUCUUUAGUACAAAUAACAGCAGUUAUUCAGUAAAAGAAAACAAUAAAUCACCAAGUCGGAAAUUUGUGGCACCCAAAAGCCCUUCAAGAAAAAAUAAACAACGUACAGCCAAAAAUGUUAAAUCAAAUACAGAGACAAAUGAGAGAACCAAGUCUUCAGAAGCAUCUACUCCUAUGACACCAAAGAAUUCCAAUGUUGUAACUAUGUUAAUGUUGUUAAAAGAACUUGGAGAAGCAUAUAAGUCCUUAGCAUUUCUUGAUUGCAAAAAUGCUAUAAAACAAUUCCAGGAUGUGUCUCAGAAACAGGCAUCAUCUCCUUGGGUGCUAACAAUGAUUGCGAGAGCCCAUUAUGAAUUAGCUCAGUAUGAACCUGCUGUGAAAAUUUUUGAUGAUAUCAGAAAACACUAUCGUUGUAGAACUGAAGGAAUGGACAUUUUCAGUACGUGUUUAUGGCAUUUGCAGAAAGAGUCUCAACUAUCAGCAUUAGCUCAAGAACUUGUCGAGUUAGAUAGGAACAAUGCUAUAUCUUGGCUAGUAGCUGGUAAUUGUUUUUCUUUACACAAAGAGAGAGAAACUGCACUUAAAUUUUUUAAAAGAGCUGUGCAAAUAAAUCCUGACGCUGCUUAUGCCCAUGCCUUAUUAGGUCUUGAGUAUUCAGUUGCAGAAGAAACAGAUAAAGCCCUUUCAAGUUUUAGGACAGCUGUCAGUAUCGAUCCUCGUAAUUAUGUGGCAUGGUUUGGCAUUGCAACAGUAUAUGCUAGACAAGAACGUUGGAAAGCGUCUGAGGUACAUAUAAGACGUGCACUCGCCAUCCAUCCAUACUCUGGUGUGUUACGUUGUCAGUUGGGUAUCGCACAAGCUUCAUUGGGCAAAAUGGAUAGAGCUCUUGCGACUCUCGAAAGAGCUGUUGCCUUAGACACUGACAAUCCACUGUGCAGAUUCCACAGAGCCUCUGUAUUAUUACGUGCGGGUAGACCACAAGAUGCCUUAAUAGAUCUUCAACAUUUAAAAGAUAUUGCACCUAGGGAGUCAUCCGUUUACUAUCUGCUUGGAAAGGUACAUGAUAAGUUAGGUAAUUCACAUUUAUCCCUCAUGCACUUUUGCUGGGCAUCAAAUUUGGAUCCGAAAAGUAUCAGUGGUAGUGGGCAUAUAAAAGAAGGGUUUGAUCCAUCAAAACAAGAAGACAGUUCAGAACGAACUUAA